GCUGUGACGGCGCCGAUUUCCAUAGAAUAUUAAGAAUAUUAGUUUUGAUUUAUGAUUCAUAGUGUAUAUUAUAUUGAUAGUAAAGUAUAAAGAAUUUUUAGAUAAACAUUGAUUUUUAAGUGAAAAAAGUAAAAAUGGAAGACCAAGCCUGUCCGAGAUGCAAGACCACAAAGUACAGAAAUCCAUCGUUAAAGUUGAUGGUGAACGUUUGCGGUCACACUUUAUGCGAGAGCUGCGUCGACUUGUUAUUUUUAAAAGGCUCCGGAUCUUGUCCGGAAUGUAGCACAGCACUGAGGCGAGUGAACUUUAGGGUUCAGCUCUACGAAGAUGCCUUGGUCGAGAAGGAAAUCGACAUCCGUAAGAGGAUACUGAGAGACUUUACGAAAAAGGAAGAGGAUUUUGCCACCCAGCGCGAAUACGACGAUUACCUGGAGGAAGUGGAGAACAUCAUAUUCAAUCUUGCCAACAACAUCGACGUCAUGGAGACCAAUAGGAAAAUUGAGCAAUAUAAGAAAGAAAAUAAAGAGCAAAUUGUGAAGAGUAAGACCAAGUUGGGUAGAAAGGAGAACGAGCUGGCAAAGAUUAUCGAGUUGGAGAAGUUGGAGCAAGAGGAGAGGAAGAUGGAACUUGCUAAAGAGGAGUUGGAGUUGAAAAAGAAGAAAAUCAGAGAGAAGGAGGCUCUGAUAGACGAGCUCAUGUUCUCCGACAGCGAUGCAAAAAGCAUUGUCAAUCAGUUUGCAUCUGCUGUUCAAGCUACAAAGGAGGAGAGUAAGUUAAUUUCCAAAGCCUCAGGAUUCAGUACAGGAAUUAAGUUCAAGGGUAGCUCGAGCUUUCUACCAGUGCCUAGGGUUGAUGAUGGACCAGCCUACAGAUACACUCCUCUCAGUCAAGAAAUCGAGGGACCAAAUCCACCUGGCUGGAACGAGAUUCUCACACAAGGAUAUAUUACCCAUGUCAGGGCUGAGAACGCUUGUGAAAAGGCAGGUGGAUUUGUUGGUAAUAUAGCUUGUUUGAGAGCACUGCAGGAAGCCAUGGCUGGCUUGUAUCACAAUCCAACCAAGCAAUCUGUAGAAAUUCCAGAGGAGGCAUGAUAGUGAUACCUAAUUUAAAUUUGUUUUUUUUUUUUUUCAAAUUCAUAAAAAAAAAAAAAAUUACAGAGCAU